AUGGGUUCUAGACGGUUUUCAUUAGCUUUGGAACACAUAUCAGGAAACAACGAUGCAAACAAGCCUAUCACGGCAUUUUUGAUCGAUAAGAGUUACGCUAACUAUGAAAAUUCGAAUCCGUGUUUGAAACAGGACGGUGUGCGCAAAAACUUGCAGUUGAAGAAAUCCAGGUCGGCACCGGUCAUCAAUGGCAUGCUUGAGCAGACUUGCAGACUACAAAGUGACGAAGACAAGAUGUUUGCAAUGGUUCCAAAGCGCAGGUUUUCCAUUUGUGAUUUAAAUACGUUCGACAACGAAUUACCAGGCAUUACGCAUCAUGCCAACUAUGGAAAAGCAUAUUCUUCGGAACCAGCGACGUGUCCAUCAAGCUCUAUUAGCGAGGGAAGAGGCCAGAACGCAAGCGCUUAUUUUCCUAAAAAGCAUUGCAGACGCAAUUCUGUGGCUCUUAAGUUUCAGAAUCCCAGAUCCAUUGAUAAUUCAAUUGAGACUGAGCAUUAG